UUUUUGUUUCUCUUCUCUUCUUCUCCUCAAGUAGGUUCUCCUUUUUUGACUGUCAAAAACUGUCAAAAAUACAAAAAAAAUCUGACAGCUGCUGCGCCGGUGUGUGUCAUUUCUCUUUUUCUCUUUUUUGUUGUUUUUUUUCCUUCCUUUCUUUUUUAUUAAUUUUAGAAAUCUCAAGGAGAAAAGUCGAUUCAAAUUCUGCUUUUUUAUCCAAAUCCACAAUUCACAAAAAAAUUCCACUCCAUCAAUCCAAAUCGUCUCGAGUGUGUGAUAUAAUCAUUAUCGUGAUUCAUUUCAAAAAUGGCCGCAAAAGGAGUUAAACUUUUAGAAACUAUUAAAAAAUGUUUACAAAACAAAGAAUACGACCAAGUUCUCGGUCUCUUCAAUACCGAACAAAUUGACAAUAUCGAUCUGCUCAAACUAAUCACUGCUGAUUUAUUGGAAAUCCUUUUAGUCCAUCUAAAUGAUGACAACUAUAAAAAUAACCUUGAUUUAUAUACUUGUUGUGAAGAGAUUAUGAAAUUGGCGGCAACUCACUCGCAAGCCGAAGAAAUACUCUUUGAAUUGCUUCAAAUUGUCGAAGAAUCUCCAUCGGAGAAUGUCUUUACCACGGCUCUGAAAUGUCUCCAAAUUUGUCUACUUCGUUUGAAGUCAGACAAAUCAAGAGCUCUGGAAUGGACAUUAAAUUCGAUUGUCAAUCGAAUUACAGAGUUAAAAUUGCCCAGUUAUGUGGUAAGUGGAUGUAGUCCACGUCAGGAGAAGCUCCUGGAACAAGAUGAUGAUGUCUUGAAGGUUUUAGCCAAUUAUAUUACUUUGGCUUUGUUUUAUGAACCUCUUUUGGAAGAUGUUCUUAAAGAUUCCGAUGAUGAUUCGAAGAAAACGAAUCGAAGGAAUGUUUUGUGUUGCUUCUUCCUUCAGCUUUUAGGGAAACCUUUGUGUUACCUUGAUUUGACAAAAAAUGAGAAGUUGACAAACACUUAUACAAUGCAAUGUGCAGCUUCUUUGGUCAAAGCUGCCACAAAAAUCCUUGACGAUCCGUUUUACCUUCUCAGUUUGGUCGAGGAGAAGGCCAAAAAUAAGUCACAUCCAUCGGAAGAUGUCGAUGAAUCAGUUGACUUGUCUUCCCCAGAGAACAUUUUUAAGAUGGAAGAGAAGUUGCCAAUUGAAUCGAUGGGAAUCUUCUAUUACCUGCUGAUUGUUGAGGAGAUUGGAUUCGAAUCGGCUCCUAAGAUCUACUGUCCGGUUUAUAUCUUUGAAUCUUGUCUCUAUUUGGUUACUGAUUUCCUAUCCAGGAAGGCUCCAACUCUCCAAAAACGUGGUCUCCUUCUCUGUCAUAAAAUCAUUGAUAACAUGGGAGAUCUUCAAAUCCCUGAUAAAAGUCUCUUUGAGCCAAUUCAUCAGAAUUUUACGAAAGUUCUAGCUCAGAUUAUUGGAUUUUCGGCGAUGAAGAGUUUUCGUCAGUCGGCAGUUCAGCUACUUAAAAAGUAUAUCCUUCGAUUUGGUGAUGAGUCGAAGUGUGUUACUAUUAAAUCUCUAAUUUUGAGUGUAAAACAUGCAGGAUUGCAAGGUUAUCUUGGGACAAUUUACAAAGACCUUGUUGCGGAAAAAUUGGCAACUAUUAAAGAUGAUUCGGAUACUAAGCUCCCAGGAUGUUAUUCUGGUGAGGAAUUCUCUGAUUUCCUUCUGAAGCAUAUAUGUGUCCUUCAAAAAGGUGUUGAAACGGAUCUGAUUGAGAAUUCGGACCGAAUUAUUCCAGCUUUAAACUCAAUUCGAUUUUUUGCAAUUACUGAUGAUAAGAAUUUAACUGGAUUUUGGGAUUUAAGUAAAAAAAUUGAAAAAGAUUUUCUUGAUCCUCUGCGGAUGGCCAUUAAUAUGUCAGUGGCUCACUACGAAUUAGAGAAGAACUCUGUAAAGACGAAUAAAGGAGGAAGAAAUGAAGAUUAUGAAAAAAUGGCCGAAAUGUUUAGUAUAUCUGCUUUAAAUGGAUCAGAUGCUUCUUUGGCUAUUGAACCUGGCAAACAAAUGGAAAUAUUAGAUCAAGGAUUGACGUCAUUGGAUUUAUUGAAAUGUCUUUUGGCACGUGCCACCGAAUGUAUUGAAAAGAGACAUAAAAAGAAAUGAAGAAAAUUUGAAAACAAAUAAAAAUAAAUAUUAUAUUUUUUGUAAAAUGCUAAAA